UCCAUCAAGACGCUGUUGCUUCCGCGUUUGUGCGAUUAGGCGGAGACCAAGCGGCCGGCAGCAGGAACCGAGCUAAAGGAUCCGGGCGGCUCCGUUUGUCAUUCAUUCGAAAAGGAAUAUCGCAAAAAAACAAGUGGACAAACAUGGCGUACGAACUGAAGCACUUGUUUGCCAGCCUUCCUCAGAUGGAAAGGGGCGUGGCCAAAGUUAUUGGUGGGGACCCGAAAGGGAACAACUUCCUGUACACAAAUGGAAGGAGUGUCAUCAUCAGGAACAUUGAUAAUCCCUCUAUUGCUGACAUCUACACGGAACAUCCACACCAGGUCAAUGUUGCCAAAUACUCACCAAGUGGCUUCUACAUUGCCUCAGGAGAUGUGUCAGGAAAGAUACGGAUUUGGGACACGACCCAGAAGGAGCACCUGCUGAAGUACGAGUAUCAGCCAUUUGGAGGGAGGAUAAAGGACAUCAGCUGGACAGAGGACAGCAAGCGUAUCGUCGUGGUGGGAGAGGGACGAGAGAAGUUUGGUGCAGUGUUCCUGUGGGACUCAGGCUCCUCCGUGGGCGAGAUCGUCGGACACAGUAAGGUCAUUAACACUGUGGACUUUAAACAGACCCGGCCAUACAGACUCGUCACGGGCAGCGACGAUAACUGCACCACCUUCUUCGAGGGGCCGCCCUUCAAAUUCAAGUGCAUCAUCAGUGAUCACAGCCGCUUUGUCAACUGCGUCCGUUUCUCUCCCGACGGAAACCGUUACGUUUCAGCAGGCGCAGACGGACAGAUUUUCAUUUAUGAUGGAAAGACAGCAGAGAAACUGGGAUCGCUGGGAGGAGAUAAAGCCCAUGAGGGCGGGAUUUAUGCCGUGAGCUGGAGUUCAGACAGCACUCAGCUUAUCUCUGCGUCCGGCGAUAAGACCGUCAAACUAUGGGACAUGGCGAGCUGCACUGCGGUGACCACCUUUAAACUGGGCAAUGAAGUUCUAGACCAGCAGCUGGGUUGCCUGUGGCAGAAAAACCACCUCCUUAGCAUUUCGCUGUCCGGAUACAUCAACUACCUGGAUAAGAACAACCCAAACCGCCCGAUCCGCACCAUCAAGGGACACAGUAAAUCCAUUCAGUGUGUGACCGUGCAUAAGGACGACGAACGGAGCAUCAUCUACUCCGGCAGCCAUGACGGACACAUCAAUUACUGGGACGCUCAGAGCGGCGAGAACGACACUUUCUCAGGAAAAGGACACACCAAUUCCGUGGUUAGGCUCACCGUGGACGACUCGGACCGACUGGUGAGCUGCAGCAUGGACGAUACGGUUCGUUUCACGGACCUGAAGAAGAAGGAGUACAGUGCUUCUGACCUGGUGAAGAUGGACACCCAGCCAAAGUCUGUGUCUGUCGGAUCAGGAGGUUUGGCUGUAGCUGUGUGUAUUGAACAGGUGGUGCUGUUGAAGGAUAAGAGGAAAGUGUUUGCUCUGGAUAAGUUGGCUUACCAGCCAGAAGUGGGUGCAAUUCAUCCCGGAGGUGGCACCGUGGCAGUGGGCGGAGCUGAUGGAAAGGUGUAUCUCUACUCGGUUCAAGGGAACACCUUGAAGGAUGAUGGGAAGGUUCUGGACACUAACGGACCUGUGACGGAUGUGCAGUAUUCCAGAGAUGGGGCGUUCCUCGCUGUCUCAAACGAGAAGAAAGUCAUCAUCGUGUACACUGUUGCCGAUGGUUACGCGGUUAAGGGCGAGUUCUACGGGCAUCACGCUAAAGUGGUAUGUCUGUCCUGGAGUCCUGAUAACGAGCACUUUGCCUCCGGAGGUAUGGACAUGAUGGUGUACGUCUGGACCGUAACUGAUCCCGACAAGAGGAUCAAAAUUCCCGAUUCUCACCGGUUGCACCACGUCAGCGGACUGGCCUGGCUGGACCGGCGCACGCUCGUCACAACCUCUCACGACGCAUGCGUGAAACAGUGGACGCUAAAAAUCUAAGCAGACUCGCACACAUUUGCAGGAUCUGUAGGGACAGAUGUAGGGAUUGUGUCUUUCUCUCUUUCUCUCUCUCUCUCUCACUCAGACUUGCUUUCACUCGCUCUCUGUUUUUAAGGGUUGUGUGCCAGUAAUCUCAGCUGCCUUGUGUGUGUGUGUGUCUGUCUCCUUUCUGCCUUCAGUCAGUUAACAUGCUCCUUAUCUCUGAUCUUUAUGAAAGGUGUGACAUUCCAGAGGCGUGAGAGUGAGACCUCCAUCUUGGCAACAUUUAUGCUCACACACACACACACUGUAUUCAAACACGCACUUCUAAAUCAUAACACAACUCUUGACCUAACACCAAGAUUAUUUUUACAUUAUGUUCUAUACAAAACCCUGUCAUGGAUCGAUCUAUUUUUUUUUCUUCUUAAUUUUAUUUCUAUUCAGGUGGAGGUUUAGCUUUAGCGCUCUCUCUUACAGUAACGCGCUUAUAUAAUGGACCGUGGUCUGUGUGCAUUCUGCUGAGAGGAUGUGUGCAUUCAGGGAGCAAUAACAGGUUGCAAAGUAGAAACAGGACAGUCCAGAAAUUUAUUUGUGUGUAUGUGAGGGAGCCAUUGGUGUUGUGUCCCUCUGUCUCCGUCAUUGUGGGUAUGUAUGUUGUGUUUAAUAUAAGCCUCCACUUUUUCACUGGAGUGGAUGUGAUUCAUACUAAUGAUGAUGAUGAUGAUGAUAGUAAUAAUAAUAAGUGAUGGAAAUAAAGCUGAACACUUUUUAUGCA